UCAGCCGCUUGUCAGCUAAGGAAAGUCUCUUUUUCCUUCCCGGCGGGUGGUGUGCGGAGCCUGAGAAGACUUGGUAAAUCUAACCAGCACGCCAAGAAACGUUUUCCUCAGGUUACCUCGUGGUUCAGAUCAGCCACCUCAAAAAAAAAAAAAAAAACCAAAACCACCAAGCGACUCUGCCUUAGCUCCACCUGCCAGCUACACUGUAACCAAGCCGACCUAAAAGCCUUCAAGAUGAUGCAGAUCAGCAGUGACUCAGCCAGCAACAAGCACUCCCUCAUCAACGUCAUGCACCGCUUCAUCGCAGCCGCCAACAACAUGGAUGAAACCAUCAUGGUGCCGAGCCUGCUGAGAGACGUGCCGCUGGAUGAGCAGCAGCAGCAGCAGCAGGCAGCGGUGGUGGUGGCUGCAAGCAAGAUGGAGGCCAACAACAACGAGCCGCCGUGCCCUAACAAGCAGAGGGACAUGUACGAGCACUACCUGCUCCUCAAGUCCAUAAAGAACGACAUGGAGUGGGGGCUGCUGAAGAGGGAGAUGAGUAGCGGCGCCAGCUUCUUGGAGAUGGCGGUGAAACAAGAGGAGCAGCAGCCAGUCACCGGGGAACUGCUGCUUGACGACAACUCGGACCUGGAGCACCAGUUCCACUACCACCUCAGGGGACUGUUUGGAGUUCUGUCCAAGCUCACAAUGCAAGCAGACCACCUCACCAACAGAUACAAGAGAGAAAUCGGAGGCGGAAACUUCAUGAGAUAGAAGUCUCCCACCAUUUCUUCUUCUUCUUUCUUUGUUUAUCCAAGGAGGGUUGCGUUUAGGGGCAACUGGACGACCUUCAACCCUCCUCGGAUAACAUCACAUCUUUUUUUUUUUUUUUCUUUUUUUUUUUUUUCUUUCUUCUCCCCUCGGACUGCUUGACUUGCAACAAUGGGAUGUGUUGUGAGGAGGAGGCCCCAUCUCUUCAUAAUGGAUCGCAGUGGACAGUGAACUGACCAGGGCAACCACUUUGUGACUUCUCUCACUCCUAGAUAACGACACUCCAACUUCUCCCCCUUCUUCUUCUCUUCCUCUUCUUCCUCGCCACCCUUCCUUGCAGCACCCCUCCCAAAAUACCUGAAACCAGUGACACCUGCACGUGUCGCCUGCCUGCCUGGCUGUCUGUCUCGUCAGCGCAGCAGUCGACACUUUGUGCUCGGCGGAGGUUUUAUUAAGUCUGUAAUCAAGUCCAGAUGAAGCACAGCUCUGGUUUAUGCAGAAACUCGUCCUCUCGUCUUUUGUUCAUUUCAAAAAUUUUGAACAUGAAUUUGUCACCAGAUUGUCUGAUUUGUGAAUAAAAAGAAGGUUUCUGACUGUAGGAGAAAUUGAAUGCUGGUUAUUCUGUCCCUCCUUUUUAAAAACAUAUAAAUGAUUUUUUUUUUUUUCUUUUCUUUUUAACGCUGAGCUGAAGGGCUCCUUACUGCAGAGUUUCUACAUCUUUCCUCUUGGUAUUACUGUAACAUGGCGUGCCUUGACUUUUUGUACACCCUCAUGCCCUGUUCAGUUGGCUCCCAUUGUCUUCACUACGGAAAUGGAACUUCAAGGUGUUGUAAUGAAAUGACUCAUUUUAUUUGUCCUUGGAUAUUUCAAAAACCAUUUUUAUAUUAAGCAGUAAUGCAGUAAAACUGAAAUAAAUAAUUGGAAACUGA